UGAUACUGCCAUCGCGCCAGUCUGUGCAUGACGCUCGGCGCGCGCGGUCUCUCGCGCCGGAGCGCGGCAUCAUGUCGCCACUUACGGCGCUACUCGUGUUCGCAGCUAUCUGUCCUCUCAUAAGUGGUGAACAUCAGAUCGGAGUGUGUAAUCUGGAAUAUUGCACGUGUACUCCCGACGCCCAUCCAUCAUGGAAGGUCGUCAACUGCACUCUCCGGCGCGACCAGAAAAUGGAUAUCUUCGAAGGAGAUCUACCAGAAACCACGACGGACCUGAUAGUCAGUGGCGCCGGAGUUCUCAUGUUCGGAGCAAACUCCUUGUCACGGCUGCGGGAUGCGAGACGAAUUUAUAUAACCGGAGCAGAAAUCGUAUUCCUGAGGGCAUACGCCGCGUCUAACCUGGAUGUCUUAUACCUACACCUGGAUGUGGAGAACUGCGAUGUCCUGCGAUUGGAAGAAAAAGCUUUCAUUAACAUCAAAGGACCACUGUCAGUAACGAUCGAAAACUGCGAGACUGUGUCGACAGAGGGUCAAGCUUUCUCGUGGUUGCUUAACAUGAACAUCACCAAUGUCGGUACCCUGCAACUCGGACCCGGAUCUUUCACCCUGGACCCGUCAGCCAGCAACGUUGGCGAGCAUGGGCCUGGGAUGUCGAUCAGGCUGAAAAAUAUUUCCCUGCCCGCCAUCCCUGCUCAGACUUUUGGAUCAUCUGCUGCCGAAAUAGUAUUCGAAAACGUUAAGAUUAAUGAGAUCUUCGCUGGAGCUUUUUCCGCCAACACCUACAACAUUGUGAUGGCUUUAAACUCGUCAGUGCAGAACAUCGAUGAAGAUGCUUUCUCUCAAAGAUCCCUGAUUAACAACCUGUAUUUCUUUGGUUGCAAAGUCCAACAAAUCGCUUCAAGAGCAGUUCAAUCGGCCAUCGGAAAUCUUAAUAUUUCGUAUACUUUGAUUGAAAAUAUGGACACAGGUGCAAUCAAUAUUACAGUAGCAUCUGUUGUUAUCCGAGACACCGAAUUCAACCAACUUAUGGAGAGAAGCAUAGAACUGUCUUCAUGGAACAAUCUGCAGAUAGAAAGAAAUUCAUUCGAUGAACUUGUCCCUAAUGCUAUAGUAGCUUUGGAUACACUCACACACGAACAAUCUGGUCAUCGCCUUACUUUUAUUGAGAACGAAGUAGAGACUGCACAUCCUAACAGUCUCAAAUUUAUAGGUCAAGCUGAAGCAAAUGAUGCGUACACAGUAGUGUAUAAAGAUAACUACUAUGGAAAAACUUGUUACUGCAAUAUUAGUAACUGGUUGCACGAAGUCUUGGGAACGGAGUCUAGUGAGCCUUACAAGACCGAAAGUCAUUGCACAGUGGACGAGUUUUUAGCUCGAUGUUUCAACGAACCCGAACAAAACAUUCUGUUCAACAAAUUCCUUGAUUCUGGCAUAUGCCAAAAAGACUCAGUUACAUUUCAUUGUGAAUCUUACAUGAGGAGAGCUGAUGGAAGUUCAACUGAAAUAAAAAAUCCUAGAUUUCCCCACAAAAAUAAACACGAUCAAAUCAUAAGUGAGCGAGACAAGAAAGUGAUUGGUAUCGUUAUAGUAACUUGUUUGGGUUGUGUCGUGAUAGUUAUGAUCAUCAGUUUUGUUAGAUGGAUGCGCCGUAAGGGAUAUUGCAUUAAUGUAAAAAACUUGCUAAUUUCGUCAAACUCGUCCUGCGGUACGUUUUGCGAGCGAAUAUGCACGUGUGGAGUAGUUACCGGUCUAGAUAAUGCCCGAUCCAUAUCCCGAUUAUCUGUAAAUGAAUAUUCUGAACGUCAUUGUUUAAAUGAACCAACUCGCGUUCAGGACAUUAUUCAAGAAUCUACUCUACAUGACGAAAUUGUUCCGACAGAAGAUAAAACAACGCAGACUUUGCCUGAAGAACUAACAAAGGAACUUCUAGAAAAUCUUAAAGAAAGAUUGGAAAGCCCAGAAAAUUAUAUAGAGGCUCGUGAAACUAUUGAGCACUUAUACGUGCUAACGAAACUUGAAGAAAAUCGUAACGCAAUGGUUCCUAAAUUAAUCAAUGUCGAAGAAAAUAUUUACGAAUUACCAUUCCAAAAUACAACACCUCGCAUUGGUAAGAAUAAAAAGCAAAUGAUCAGCAUUGGAACCCGAACACCAUCUCUUGACAAACUCUUGCCGCUGUCGCCGUACAAUCGGCAAACUGCUCUAGUUCACGAGUAUUUUGAACCAAAAGAUUUAGCGGUACACCUGUAUGCCGAAAUUGCUAAUAACGAAAAAGAAAAACGCACCUUGCUAGGCAAUAUGCCUGACGUGGUUGCGGAGCAGGCGGUGCCACGUGGCCCAUACCUCCGUGCGGUCCGCGAAAAAAUGAAUUCCUCGUCUGGGUCGCAAGUUAGCUCGCCACCUAAGACCUUGAACAACUCUACUGGAUCCCGUGGAAUGUCGACUAUUAAAUCGACAUCAUCAAAUACGUCAGCUAAAAUGAUAAAUCGUCCCUUACCCGAGAAACCCACCACCCUGGACCCAGGAGAAGGAACGUCGCUACGGCUUGGUUGAGGGUUAGCCCACGCGCGGCCGGCGCCAGCGCACAGCGACGGGGCUCGUGAGACACGCCCUCGCAAAGAAACGCAUCGCCGACCGCCGCCGUCGUCGCCCGGGCAACGUGGUAAGGACUUCUAUAUGGAAUUGGACCCCUGUGUAACAAGCUAAACGGGCGAAUGAUCGACGCGACAAUCGAGACGAUGCUUAAACAUUUCUUUGCUGUGAUAUUAAUUUUGUUUACUUUAAUUUGUAUGUACUUUGAGUGAUGUGUCGUGCCAGACACUGUUGUAUGUUUAUUUGUAAAUAAUUUACGAGUUGUAAUUAUUAAUUCUUAAUGUUGAUACGUGCAGCGCACGGCGUGAUCUAUUGGUACGAGCCUGUGUUGGAUUCGUUUACUUGUUUAACAAUGCUUUAUAUAUUUACGCUUUUUAAUAAGAAAUUUGCCACAUUCGAUGUUAUCAUACAAUGAUUCAACUAACGACACCUUGCUAAGAUUCACGGACAAUCGAUAUCAAUAUUUAAUCAUUUCAAUAUAAUAUAGCACUAAUCGAUGUAUUAAAAGACAACUUAUAGUACAUAAUGAUAAUUAUUAAAGAACAGUAUUGAACCGAUCUAGACGUGUUUUAAAAAUUAUUCCAGUAGAAGUAAUAGACUAAUAGUUGACUAGAACGCUGCAUUUAUUGUUGUAGAAAGUAAAUCAUUAUAAUCUGAUUGUAUGAUGAUGUUUACAAUGUUGUAACCCUGUAGGUACGUAAUCUCCUAUGUAUUGUUGUUAUGUUCCCCAGCUGUCGUCCCAAAGGUUAGUGAGUCCUUUAAGAACCUUUACAUUGUAAAGUAUUUCUACUCUAAAUUGAAAAUAUGUAUUUCUGUAAAAUUUUACACUUCAGAGUAUACGAUAUAUUUUACGUCUUCACUUUUGAUAAAAUUUACCCUACUAUGCUCAAAUAUCAAUUAAUUUAUCACCUAGAAAAUGUUUAUAAAAGAUCAUA